AUGAAAGACAAUAAUUCGCAAUCAACUCUAACUGAAUAAUCAAAUGACCUUUUAUCAGAACAAUAAAUGCUGGAACCAUCUAUGCUUAGCAAAUACAAUAAUAAUAUACCAUUUGAUCUUGAAGAUUAAAGAUCAGUGUCGAGAAAAAAGAGCAUAAAGAAUAAAAAAAAAAAACGAUAAGGAAGAAAGUCAAGAGACUUCACAAUCUAAGAGGAUUAAAAGCUUUUAGGUUUUGUUUUAAUGUUUGGACCAAAGUUUAAAACAAUUUAACGAAAGAUGUCUGGAAGGCCAUUAAAUAUACUAAAGAAUAGAUACUAUAGAGAUUUAAGAUAUAGAUGGGAUGAGAUUUUAGGAGAGUAAUAAAUAUUGAAUUAUAUUUUCUAGGGAAUAUGCCUAUUUGAAUGAAAAAAAGGUAGAUCUAACUAUGGAUGAAAUUUGGAAGACUUCUCCACUUGAUCCAGAUUUAUCUAAAAUUAUGAUGAAUAUGAUAACACAAUUUUAGAAUGUAAUAACUAAAUGCUUGAUUUGA